UAUACCAAACAGACCAGCAGCCACCCCCACACAAUAUUUAACCACCCCCGCGGAACGGUCACACUGCUGCGAGUCUGAAUAUUUUUUGCUUUGUGUCGCGUUUUAAUGUGAAAAGAAAAACAGUUUUUCAACGGUUACGGGCGCAGAAAAGCGUGCAAAACAUUGCGAAUACGGAGUGCGCGAAAAUGCAGGCGGGGCAGCACUAAGUCGGAGCCGCAUUUCCCCCGAUUUCCGCUGUGCUGGGAGCCAACGUUGGCAGACCGUAUCCGAAUCUCCAGCGCACUCGUUUAUUAUUAAACAACGGGCAGAGAAAAAGCAGAAUCCAGUCCAAUCCAAGGAAACAUGUACAACAACGGGGCCAGGGGCUUUUCCAUUCACGACGCCUUCGAGGAGGAGACCGACGAGGCGAUACGCGUCUAUGGCUCCACCGUGAUAUCCACGCCUAUGAGAGGCAAGCAAGGUCGCUCCACCGAAGACGUCUCCAUUCGGAUUCAGGAUCCCAAGGGCUACAACAAGUAUGCCGAGGACACAACCUCUCGGGACAGUGACUCGCUCAUCCAGGAGUACGGCAACCUGCCCACGGAGGAGACCAACACAUACUGCUGGCGGCAUCCCAAGGUGCGUGAGAACUGGCGCACAGUGCUGGCCGCCUUCACGCUCCUGGUCGUGGGCACGGGCCUCUUUGUGAUGGGCACCUUCGCCAUCGCGGAUCCGCAGAACACGUCGCAGGGAGUCGUGUUCUUCGUGGCCGGACUCAUCUGCUUCAUACCCGGGGCCUAUCACGUCGUGUACAUCUGGCUGGCAGCCAAAGGAUAUCGAGGGUUCGACUUCUAUCACCUGCCGCUGUUCACAUAAGCGGACAUCCGGGCAGUUGAGCUGGUUGAUCCACGGACGGAGAGUGGGAGAAGCCCCAUCUAUAAAUAUAAAUCUGUGUUUGUUUAUACAUGUAUUUUCUACAUUGUAAUCGUAUUUAACCCCAGGCUCGGUUUGUGUAACGUACUUUUUGUGUUUAGCGGCAAAAAUUUCGAUUAGACAAAGAUCCCUCCCGAAAACCCGAACCGAAUUCUAGCAAUAUAUAGAUUAUAUAUUUUACAAUAUUUUCUAUUAUGUACUCGGUAAAGUGUUUUGUAUGCCCCUCCAAACCAAACCCAAAAGAAAAGCAAAACAUUCAUACGUACACUCGAAAUUUAUUUAAACAAAAGAGAAAAAACAAACGAAAGACUUUGUAUAUGAUGCUAACAUGUUGAGGAAGCGCUAGAGUUAUAACGUAUACUAUAUAUAAUUGUAAUUUAUUGAAAUUUAAUUGCACCAAAAACGCUGGAAGGCGUGCGAAAAUGUUUUACGAUUUUCAAAACCUACACUCAAGAAACUAAAAAGAUUAACAACCGUACACCCACGAAUCUAUGUAUAUGAUUAGUGAGCGUCUGUCCAGGGAUGCGCCUUAAAGAACUAGAUCUAGACUUUAGUCAACGUCGAAUUAUGAUUAUGAUUAUGUUAAAACCUAAUCAAAUGCAGCGAGGAUUCCUCGAGCAACCAUGAUAAUACCAAGCUAUUAGUGAUGUAAGACGAUGCGCCGAUAUUGCAAUACGUUCUUUUAUAGCUAUAGUGAUGACGCGUCUCUUUUCCGCUGACCUUUAACCCCGUCCUCUAAUGAAAUUACAUCUCACACUCACCCACAUUUCUGACAACUAAUCACACACACCUCAUCAGCCGCUUAGUUGUUAAUGUCGUAUAAUUUCUUUUUAAGAAAUGCUGAAUAUGGUUGUAUUAAACGAAAGUUAAUAUUACACGCAGAAACAUAACAAGAAAGCAAACAAUCGAAAAGAUACAAUAAAUUUACUUAAAUUACACAAUUUA